AUGAUAAUAAAUACUCCAAUUAGUCAAGACGAAUAUAUUAAAUAUCUUGAAGAUUUUAUAGAUAAUCCAAAUAAAACUUUAGAUAUUAAACAAGAUAAACUUUAUAAACAAUCGAAUCCAAAUCAAUGUCUUUUAAAUUUAUCAACUAGCCAAUGGGAUAAUUUAAUUACACAAAUUAUAAAGAUAAAUCCAUUAAAUAAAAAUAAUCAAAAUUCAUAUAAUUUCGGUUUUAAUUUAUUAUGGAAUAAAUUAUUUAUAAAUAAUCAAAAAUAUAUUAAAAAAGAAGAAUUUAUAAAUAAAAUUGAAAAAUUAUAUUUAGAUGUUGAAAAUUUAUUAGGGGAUGAUAAAUUUGAAGAAAAGAAUUCAAAAGAGUGGUGUAGAAAUAAAAUAAUUGAAAUUCAAAAUCAUGGUAAUAGUUUAAAUGAUUUAUUUAAAGUAAUUUCAAAUAAAAACGAUAAAACUCAAAUUGAUGAACAAUUAAAAUCAAUGAUUGAACAAUUUCAUCCAUUUAAAGAAUUAUUAGAAGAAAUGAUUCAAUUUGUUUCUUCAAAAGUAUAUUCAUCAAUAUUUGGUAAUUUAUUAACAGUUUUUAUGUUAAUUUAUUCAACAUUAAUUAGAGAUUUAAUUAGUAUUGGUUUAGAUAAUGAACAAUCAACAACAUUGUUAACCAAUGAAUUACAUAAUAGAAUUAUGAAAUUUCAUAAAGAUUUAGGAAACUGUUGUAAUAAAUUUUGUUUAUCAUUAAUUAGACCGGCAACCACAAUAAUACCUUGGAUGAAUUUACCAUUUAAUGGUCAAGUAAUUUAUGGUAGAAUUAAUGAAAUGGAUCUUGUUCAAUAUCCAAAUCCAGUUUCAAGAGUUAAUGAUGAUUAUGGUGAUGGUAUAGUUAAUUGUAAUGAUAAUGAAAAUAUUUUUAAAACAUUUAAAGUAUCACCACACUAUUUCAAUCAAAGUCAUGGUAGUAUUCAUAUUGAUUCGGUUUCAGGUUAUAAUCCAAUUUGGGAAAGUUUCGUAUCAAAUGAUGAUUUCUUAAAUUUUAAUAUCAUUAAAUCAAGUGGUAAUGAAUUUAUCAAUGGUUAUAAAAUUAAAAUUCAUGUUUCUGCAAUGUAUCAAGGUGAUUCUUAUUUCAAGGUUCAAGUUGGUGAUAAUCAAUCGGGAAAAGUACAAGUUGUCAAUACAAAAGAUCUUUCAAAUGAAUUAAUAUCUUUCCAAGUUAUGAAUUUUAAAAUGCUCUACAAUGUUGACCUUCCAUAUGGUAUAAAAGAACUAACAUCAAAUGAUCAAGAUUCAGGUUUUAAACCUCAUCAAAAAAUUUUAAAUUUUAGAAUUUUCGAUGUUAGUAAUAUAGUUUUAAAUUCCAUUGAAAUAACUUUAGAAUAA